GUCUUUCAGUGUUCUCGAUUCUCAACCGAUAAGUCUUUUCCUUUCAAAAUGGGUUCGCGUUACGAAGUCGAAGUCACAAUCUCUUCAGCUAAAGAUCUCAAGAACGUGAAUUGGCGUCACGGCAAGAUCAAGCCGUACGCCGUCGUUUGGGUCGACCCCAAGAACAAAUGCUCCUCCAGGGUCGACGACGAGGGCGACACGUGUCCCUACUGGGAUCAGACACUUGUCAUUCCCCACAACGCUCCGAUCGAGGACUCCACACUCUACAUCGACGUCGUCCACGCCGACGCAGCCGACGACACCAAGCCGUUCAUCGGCUGGGCUAAACUCCCCCUCGCCGACGUCGUCGACGAAGUCGGAUUCGGAGAGCGCGUGCUUCGCAAGCUGGAGCUGAAGCGUUCCUCCGGUCGUCCCCAAGGCAAGGUCGAGCUGAAAGUCGCCGUGCGCGAGCCACGAUAUCGUGCGCCGGACCCCUACUACGCACCUCCUUACGGUGUCCCACCACCCUCUGCAUCGAGAGACUACCCCGCUCCGCCGGCGUACUGUAGCCCCUACGCGCCACCACAGGGACAUUACCAGGGGGGCCCACCGGGUGGGUAUCAAUACGGCGCGCCCUCGUACGGUCAGCAGUGGCAACAACAACCCUAUGGGCAGCAACCGUAUGGACAGCAACCGUAUGGGCAACAACCGUAUGGACAGCAACCGUAUGAGACGGAGGAGAAAAAGAAGAGUAAGUUUGGAGGGAUGGGGAUGGGGACGGGAUUGGCUGUGGGUGCGGCUGCAGGGUUGUUGGGUGGUCUUGCGAUCGCGGAGGGUGCUGAUUACGUGGAGGACAAGAUUGCGGAUGAGGCGGCAGAAAGGGUGGAGGAUGAUCUGGGUUAUGAUGAUGAUGAGUAGGAGGAGGACCAGCUUUGAUAUGUUUCGCGUGCAUGCUUUUGAGUGAUUUGGAUUGGCAAUUGUGCCUGAUUGGCUCAAUUUUGGUAUUUUGAAUGUGUCUUUGCUGGUUUCUUUUAAUUCAAUAAAAAAAACAAAUGUUAUUUAAAAAAAAAAAAUUAAAAAAGUUUGAUAUUAUGCAUAUACAUAUAUUAUUAUAAAUGUGUGUAUUUAUUUAUCAAAAGGAAGGGUUGAAUUCGCAGUUAA